UAAAGAGCAGUUAAAAAAAGUGAAUCAGGUUUGUUUUUUCUUCUUCAUUGUUCGGACUUCCUUGAUUUGCUUCUUUACAAAUGAUUCAAAGAUUGGAUGUGUGCGCUGAGGUUGCAAGCUGAAACUUAAUAUCUUCUUCUUAAAAAGGUUACAUUAUGAGUCAGCCAUCGACAUCAGAUACUUCACAUCUUCUUACUGUUGGGGAUUUUGGUCAUGGUGUUGACAGUACUUUGGUCCAAGAUCAAAACAGUUCAUUCAAGCCUCUCCGAACUGUAUUUUUGGUCAUUUUUCAAAUAUUUUUAAAUGCUGUCUUAUUGACAGAAUCUAUUUUCUAUCUUGACUUCACCAAAUAUUGCAAAAAUCAAACGAAUACUGUAAAUAACUUUACAAGUGAGGAUUUCAUAGGCAAUGUGCAAAGUGUAUUUCAGAGGGAUUGCAAUUCUAUUGUUAUAUUUUCUAUUAUUCUUGUUUGGAUAUUUACAUGGUUCUUGCAACUUGGAUUCAAGUCAUUUCAUCGUCAACAUCGUAGCUCAGGAUAUUUAAAGCUUCAUUCACAAAUAAAUCACAUCACAGAUAUUCCCAUGACUGUUAUGACAAUAGGAAAUGCCAUUCUUCUAAUUGUGGUCACAUUAAAGAUGGAUCAGCUUGUUUUCACCAAUGGAAAGAUAUUUUCAAAACCUAUUUUUUCUUUCGUUCUUCAAAUUAUUGCUGGAUUGGAGUUUGUUAUCAUAUUUAUUUCUCUUAUCAUAUAUGCAGUUAAAGUGGUCAAGUUCAACAAAUCUCGAGCAAUGCCAGAUGUAUUCAAUGAAAAUUAUGUUUCUUCCAUGCCUACCAUAUUCAAUGCAAGGAGAGCGGUGACAGUGGGACCGGGCGUCAGGGAUCAGGACAAGGAAAUCACAAUGUUGCAGUCUGUAUGUGAACAACAGGCAAAUCUUAUUGAAUAUCUUAGGCAUAGAUGUAACGUAUUAUCUGGGAGACUACACCAAGUCACCGCUUCCAAUGUCCAUGUAUAAGCAUUUAUGCUCCGAGGACGAUUAGGGCUUAUAUCCACGUCAUUGCCAUAAUAUAAUCUUUGUCUCUUCACCAUGUUAUCAAAGAAAGUAUGUCGAAUAAAUUUUUUUCCAUUUCA